AUGAAGAUAAUCAUCAUUCUGGCAACAAUCCUUGCUUCACUUACAGUACUCGCUGAAGACCAACCUCCAGAACAAAUAGAUGAUGAUGUUGAGAUUAUCACUGAAGACGAUGAUGAGGAUGAAAACCAGUACUUGAAUGGGAUAGAGCACCUCAAUCCCAAAUCUUCCCGUGAAAGUCGGUUGCUCCCUGUCUUCCUUGACGCGUAUAGCCGUCAAGUUCCUCCUUCAGUAUCUUUCCUACAGACUUCUGGUAUUGUAAGUGUAGCUCUUCUAGGCCUUGGGACGAUGGCCCUUCUGUACCCAGUUCUGGCAUCGUUGGGAGAUAAAGAUUUGGAGAAGUUGAACGAAAUAGAUCUCCGCGAUGCUGGCGGAUUUGUUAGCAAGAGCUUGACGGGAAUGUCGGAAAAGGUGAUGACGUACGUGGAAGAUACUUUGGAGGGAUUCCCUAGUCUUCCUCAACUCGAUGCACAAGAAUGUAUGAAACGUACCGUUUGUGAAGCACAUAACAAACCUAAACAAUAUGGCGUGCUUGGACUUUUGGUACAACUUUUCUUUCCGCCUUACUUGGAGACUGAAGAACCUCUGAAUGUGGCCUCAAAGUACCAACUCGCUGCAAGAUAUGGACGACAAGAUCAAGCAAACUGUGCAAAGCAGUAUGAUGGAUGUAUGUUGAGUUUUCUGGAACUCAUUCAAACAAUCGUUAACGCUUUCGUAAAAUAAUUCGCCAAUUUGCUAAUGUUUUCCCGUAACGCCGGCAUCAACGACCGAACUGUACAGUGGUAUCUGAGCCAGACUGUGUCGAAAAAUCAUCAAACAAGCCAGAUGGACUAGUUUGCCAAUUUUCGAUUUUAAUGACUGAUAAGUUCUGUUAAAGGAGCUGCAAAAGGAAUAUUUGUGUGUGUGUACGUUUAUUAAAACACUUCAUAAAUGUAACUCCUGAAUUGGUGCUUGUUUGGCUUUAAGAGUCAAUGUGUUUGUUUGUUUUAGCGCAAAGCUACAUUGAGCUAUCUGCUGUGUCCGACGCGGAGAAUCGAACCUUGGAUUUUAGCACCGUAAACUUACAGCUGACCUACCGGGAGAUUAGUGUAUUUAACACUUAUAAUUC